GCAACAGCAACCAUCUAGACAUACCAUAACUAUGCAAUUACGAAAAAUGGCAUUCGGAAAUGUGGACGUGCGUUUGAUUUACGAGCAGUAGCCUGGAGUGAGGAAUACUGGCGUUUGAAAGGACGACAACGUGGGAUUUUUCUUCCGGGAUUGAUCAGGUUCUGCCAGCCAGUCUCCGGUUGACAAGCUUUAUAAAAUGAUCCAGCCUCCAUAAUAACCAGCUAUCUGAUAAUCCCAAAGUUUACUGUGAAGAUAAAUUUGUAAGAUGUCCACGGCAGCAGAGGAAAAAGAGCUUCAGGAGAGGCUGAGGGAAGCUGCUGCUUUGGGGGAUAUUGAAGAAGUUCAGCGAUUGGUGGAAUUUGGCGUGAAUGUUAACUCUCAAAAUGAAAUCAAUGGCUGGACUUGUUUGCAUUGGGCCUCCAAACGGAACCAUGCUGAAGUGGUAUCAUACCUUCUCAGUGCUGGAGCUGAUAAGGAAAUCCUCACAGUUAAAGAAGAAAGACCAGCCCAGUUGACAUCCAAGAGGGAAAUCAGGAAGAUGCUGGGAGCAGAAGAUGAUGAUGAACUGCCGGACGUGAAGAAAGACUCUGCGUUGCCCAUUAUCCCCAGCUACUUAGCUAACCCGCCUUUCCCUUAUGUGUAUAACUCCAUGAGCAGCAGCACUACCAGCAUCUCCUCUUCCUCUCCGAAUGGAAGACUUUCCCCUUCUUCUGAACAGCACAAUGAGGAUUGCCUCGUGUCUUUACCUCAAGUCCAGGUGCCUGGCACUGCCAUGUCGCAACGUGAAAAGUCUCCUCCUGUUGGGGACACACCUGGAUCAUCCCAGGCAGAAUGCCCAGAGCCUGCAAUACAGAACGGUCACCUUCCCCAAAUGCCUGUUCCUCCAAGCAGGACUCUCUCCACUCCAGCUAAACCUAAACAGCCUGAAGCUCAGCAAAAAAAUGGCUGUUGUGCUGCACCUGUCCCAGGAUUUCAGCCCUUUUUCUUCACUGGAGCAUUUCCCGUCAGUAGUAUGCAAGAACUGGUGCUAAAGGUCAGAAUUCAGAACCGCACUCUUAAAGAGAAUGACUUCAUUGAAAUUGAACUGGACCGACAAGAACUGACUUACAACGAACUGCUCCGAGUGAGCUGCUGUGAACUGGGGGUGAAUCCAGAACAUGUGGAGAAAAUUAGGAAGCUUCCCAAUACAGUAUUAAGGAAGGACAAAGAUGUUGCAAGACUUCAGGAUUUCCAGGAACUGGAGCUGGUUCUAAUGAUGAGUGAUAACGACUUUCUGUUCAGAAAUGCUGCACCAACAUUGACUGAAAGGCCUUGUUAUAACAAGAAAGCAUCAAAGUUGACUUACUAACUAUUUAAACGUA